GACUAUUUUUUUGGCUACAAAACUAUAUACUAACGGGUAUUUUGUUGAUUUCAAUUGGGUUUAAGUUUAGUAGAAUCGGUAUCCCAUUACCUAUUGGCACAUCCCUGUCCUCUCACUCAUCACAUCGAUAAACAACAGCACUAGCAAUGGGCGGACAGUCGACCAAUUUUUUUCUGAAAAUCAUAAUCAUUGUCCUCAGUCUGGUACUGGCUAUUGUCUGGGCUGUACAGCUAUACGAUCUGUGUGUCCAUUCAAAUUGGCAACCACCGGACAUACUGGCCAUUAUAUUCAUGUCCAUAUCGUUGAUGACAAUUUUGGUUACCAUCUAUGCUGCCUGGUUUGAAAACGCCUCCCUAUGCCAGUCAUGUAUGUAUGUAUUUGGCGUACAGGCCCUCAUACUAUUGGUAAUGCUUAUCAUCCAUAUUGUUGCCUCCGGCAACAAUCGCGGCUAUUAUGUCGGAUCAACUGUUGGUCUGAUCAUUGUCUUAGCACUACUAGCACUGGUACUAUUUUUUUAUGCCAAAAAUAUCGGUUGACAUACCUGUCCUCA